AUGGCGAAGACGCAGAUCAGCGAGCGGGCGGCCGCGCUCGCGGCCCUGAAGAAGGACAAGCCCGCGAUCGAGGUGCUGAAGCGAGAGUUCCUGCGGGGGCACGGGGGCGAGCCUUGCAGAGCGAAGGCGCAGGCAGCGGCAAAGGGCAAGGCAUCACAGCCGAAGGGCAAGGCACAAACGAAGGCGAAGGCGAAGGGGCAAGCGAAGGCGAAGGCGAAAACACAGGGGCGAGCGAAGGUGAAACCAACGGCCGAUGACGACCAGAGCAGCGAGGACGACAACGGCGAUGACGACGACGCCAAGAAAAAGGCGGGGUCGGACGGACCCGAAGAAGAUGGGGGCGAGAACGAGGAGGGCGAGCAAGAGGAGGACGAGGAAGAAGAGAAAGCCGAGGACGAGGCUGAAGACCAGGAGUCGCAGGACGCCGACGCUGGCGCCGGUGAGAAGGACGGACCGACAGCCAAGAAGCCAGCCGCCAGCGAGGAGGUCAUGAAGCGACCUGCUGCCGCGAGUCAUGCUGAUGCGCUGCCGCCCAAGCAGUCGAAGCAGGAGAUGGAGGCGGCGCCUGAGACGCCCAAGUCCAAGGGCAUCGAGAUGACGGAGGUCACCGCGAGCAUCGUGAGGACGGCCCCGAUCAAGAGCGACGCCGUGAUCGUGAACGCCCUCGCCGAGGACACCGCGUCGCAGCGCGUGGUCGACGAGCUGAAGCACGACCCGACGAAGGGCCAGUCGAGCUUCUUCGACGAGGAGUGCCUCCCCGGUGCGACCAACAACGCCGAGCCCAACGAAAUGCUGGCCAUGGAUCGUUCGACAACGCCGUUCGAAUCGCCCGUGUUCCGCGAUAUGCUUACACAGAAAGGUUUCUCCGACAACAGUGAGAUGGCUGAGUUGUCCAAGGACAUAGACCCCGACGGGCACCUCAAAGACCCCGAGGAGCGGGGCGUCGGCGUCCUCGCAGGUGCUGCGCCAGCCGCAGGUGACGAUUCCAAAGAUGGGCCCAGGCGUAGGAAAGCAGGCAAGCUGACUGUCGACGCCGAGGCGAAAUUUUGGCAUGACGCGGCCGACAGGGGUCGGAACGCCCCCACGGAUACGAGAUUGAGCGCGGUCGCAGGCCGCUGGGAACGAGCUUGCCAGGAGGACCCCUCCUUGAAGGAGGAAUGCGACCAGAUUUCGGGCGAGAGCGUCCGCAGCCGCAAGCACACGUUCAGGCAGGA